GGCGACUUCCGCUUCUGUGUCAACCGUAGGCUUCCCACUAAAUUCUGCUCAUAUCUCCGGGUCUUGUCAGCCUCCACACACCUCCCAGGUUACUAAUUUGUUUUCCAUCAAAUCAAGGAAGCACCACCAAACUCAGAAGUUACAUCAACAUCCCAGUGCUGUCAGUCGAUCAAACAGCAGACGUCUGCUGGUUUCUUCCUUUUGUUGUCACAUCAUCUACUCAAAAUCAGACAUCGGACUAAGUGCUGGAUAUUCCCUGGAUAUCUGAUGAACAUUGUCCUGUUUCUGUGGUGAGGGGUCUUGAUCAACAGAUCGCUCUUUAGAGCAUCUCUAAGUGAAGAAACAGAACAUGUGCUAGGAGUUAAACAUUUCUACUUGACAACUGGACCGCUUUUCUAGAAGAUGAGCAAUGAGGAGGAGUUCUACGACGCCGUCACAGGCUUGGAUUCAGACGAGUCGUAUGAAGGGGUGUCAGAGGCCAGUUUCAAAGAUGCGUUGGUGUUUGACAGCAGCAGUCAGAAGAACAAUGGAUCAGUGCCACAGGAGAACGGCAUCAAGAAACACAGGACUUCAUUACCUUCGCCCAUGUAUUCCCGAAACAAUGUCAGUUUCUGGAGUAUCCUAAAGAAAUGCAUCGGACUGGAGCUGUCCAAGAUCACCAUGCCCAUUGUCUUCAACGAGCCUCUGAGCUUCCUGCAGAGAAUCACAGAAUACAUGGAACACACUUACCUCAUCAACAGAGCCUGUUCGCUGUCUGACUCCAUAGAGCGCAUGCAGGCAGUAGCUGCUUUUGCUGUGUCAGCAGUUGCGUCUCAGUGGGACAGAACUGGAAAACCCUUCAACCCCCUGCUUGGAGAGACCUAUGAACUGACCAGAGAGGAUCAGGGUUUCAAGCUGGUAUCAGAGCAGGUAUCCCAUCAUCCCCCAGUCAGUGCCUUCCAUGCAGAGAGCUUGGCGGGGGACUUUGUCUUCCACGGUUCUAUCUACCCCAAGCUCAAGUUCUGGGGCAAGAAUGUUGAAGCUGAGCCUAAAGGGACCAUCACACUAGAGCUACUCAAAUACAAUGAGGCAUACACAUGGAGUAACCCUUGCUGCUGUGUACACAAUGUGAUCCUAGGAAAACUAUGGAUAGAGCAGUAUGGCACAGUGGAAAUAACCAACCACAGCACUGGAGACAAGUGUGUGUUAAAUUUCAAGCCUGGUGGGAUGUUUUACAAAGAGCUGCACAAAGUCGAGGGAUACAUCCUGGAUAAGAGUAAAAAGAAGCACUGUGUCAUAUACGGGAAGUGGACUGAGUGUUUGUGGAGCAUAGACCCUCAGGCCUACGAGGCCCACAAGAAGUCAGAGAAGAAAGGAGACAACAAGAAGCAAAAAAAUGAGGAGCAGGAUGGUGCAGAGAACGAUGAUGCAGAUGAUAUGCCUGAAGUCCAGGAAACAGUCUCAGUCAUACCAGGAAGCACUCUGCUGUGGAGAGUAGACCCCAGACCAGCACAUUCAGCUGAGAUGUACAAUUUCACCAAUUUUGCAAUGUCUCUCAACGAGCUGGAGCCGGGCAUGGAAGCCAUCUUGGCCCCAACAGACUGUCGCUUCAGGCCUGACAUACGAGCCAUGGAGAAUGGCAACAUGGAUGAGGCAAGUCAGGAGAAGGAGAGGCUGGAGGAGAAACAGAGAGCAGCCAGAAAAGAGAGAGCCAAGAAUGAGGAGGAGUGGUCUACAAGGUGGUUCCAGAUGGGGACUAACCCAUACACUGGCUCCCAGGGCUGGUUCUACACUGGUGGCUACUUCAAUAGGAACUACCAAGAUCUUCCCGAUAUCUACUGAUAGCCUCCAUCAUCCUCCUCUUCCUCCUUCAUAACCUGCAAUGAUCUGCCUGUCAAGAAAUGGAGAGAAACAGCUAGAAGGCGUUUCCUUCUGCAUCCUUUAUCAUCAUCUGUUAACUGGCAGAUCAGGAGGACCCACAAAGGAGCCAAAUGCUCAUCACUUCUGUCAUCAGCGGUCUCAAAUAACAACCUGCUUCAUGUCUACUGAGUCAGGUUUCAUUUUUUAACAUGCAACAGAUUUCCCUCUGUCCUCUUCUCAUCUUUUGGUUUCUUCAAACAACAACCAGCAAACCUUUUCAAUCUCUAUGCUUCGGCAUCUCCAAGAGCACAAGAACCAUUGUAUUUCUGACAGAUCCGAGCGGUCAGGGAUUGUAUAUUGAAGCUGUCGUAUUCGUAGGAAAGGGAAUGACGGCUCCAAAAACUCACAGAUUGAACCUGAAUGUUGAAUGUUUUAACAAUCAAAGGCUGUCAUCGGAGGAACCUGCCAAUCUCCUGAGUGGCACAAGUCACAUCGUAAAAGAAUAAAUGUUAAAAACAUGAUUAAAAAAGAUAUAAUACUUAGAGUGGUGGAGUACGGACAUGUCUGGACAUCUAGUGAACUGGGAAUCAGGGAUGUGAAUGAUCCUUUGAUUGGAGAUGGAUCCUGAGAAUGUUUAUUCUUUUGUGGAAUGCUCAAAAAAUGGAAAUUAAGCAAACUUUUAAAACAUGAUGUCAGAUUUGACAUCAAGACUUAAAUAAAAUCCUAAUCUUAUUAGUCUUCAGAGCCCCAACACUUUUAAUGUUGACUGUUACCCUUCCACUGACCUUCUGUUAAAUCAAAACGAAUCAAGACAAAGAGAGAAUGGGUGUUUUCUCUACAGCAGAGCAGAAUGUGCAGCUUCAGUGGGAUCAGAAAAUCUGAACCUCUCCUAGAAUGAAUAGAGCACAGAUUUGAUGACAUGACUGAGCAGAUGGUAAACUUUGACUUUUCACUCAGCCUUUAGCCUGUGUUAGUCUGCAAAGAUAGUUUUUAGUAUUGCUCCCUGUAAAAAAAAUAAUGCGCAGUAUGAUUAACAACAUGAUUGACUCCGGUUGUUUGAAUUGAAGAAAGCAUAGUUACCACUGAUACCACUGAACUCGAGAUCAUGCAGCUUGGCCGAUUGGGCUACCUGCUGUUUUAAAAUCUUAGCUGAGGGUAACUGACUUUUUAAACAUGCAACAUGUACAGAAACUCUUAGUUAUCAUGCUCCCAUGGGUACAUGAUCUGUGUUCUGUUUACCCUCCAAAAGGAGGUCAGACAACAGGCUUUAACCUUGAUGCAGGCUCAGUCUCCUGCUCAGGCACUUAAAGAGAAACCAAUCUUUAAGAUAAAGGCAGGGAUCUGGUGGAAUUCAAAAAGGAGACAAAAUCUGAUGGUAUCUGCAUGUGCAUGUAAAUCUGCACUUGCAAGUCUAAGUUCACCCCCACAGAGUAAAAUCUCACAUGGUGGGAAAUGAUUUUAGAAUUUGUAUUUAAUGCCCACUGUACACACAAGCACCAUGUGUGUUAAACUGAGUGAUAGAAGAACACUGAGUUAAUGGAAGUAAUACAUGCAUACAUGCACAUCUAUCAUGUGAAUGAAUGUAUAAAUAUGUACAGACACUUAAAGCCAUAUUAACUACAAGAGUGAACGUUUGCUCACUCUGCAACAUUAACAUUUAGUUAUCUCACAAUUUUCUUAGCAUGAUUGAAAAAGGAAACAUUAUUCAUGUUGGUGUGAUGUAAUGUGACGUGUGGGAUUCUGCUGUUCAGAUGGAUUUGAUGUUAGGGAUGGAUAGAUAUGAACCAGGCCCAGAGGUACAAAAGCUCACUCGUAGAAAUAAAGCUUGAUGUAGGAGAGAAGAGAAAUGACUCAAAGAUGGAUGUUCAGAAGAUUAAAAAACAGGCACCAAUGUUAAAGAAAGUGACUGUAGUCACCUAAAAUGUUAAAACAACAAAUAAGAGAUGGAGAUCUGCUUAAAAGAGGCGUGAAAUUACGUCAAAACAGAAAACAGCAAUGAAAAGAUGGAAAAACUGCAACUAAACAACACCCUCUCUGUUUCUUCUUGGUGUUUUGCCUUUUCAUUGAAUUUAUGGGGGCUUCUCUGUAAAUGGUGAUCUAUUUCUAUGAAACUGAUUCUGGUUCCAGCACUGACAGUCAUGCAAAAGCAAGACAACAAUUCAGUUUGACUCACAUUUAGUUAACAAAAAUGAAUAUUAGCACACAGAAAAAAAUCUAAAUAUUUCUAAAAGGUCUGUUGACGGCGGCUUGACAUCACACUGACUCUCUGAGCUUUAUUAUUCAAAACUCUGGGCUCAGUGAGACAGCCUGUUUACAGUGUGUGCUUUUUUAUUGUGACCAUGUUUGCAAUCAUGUUCAGCAAAGUCCAUGUUUGGCACUGCAAAUGUCAGGACUACAGCUGCUCUAACACUCACAAGUUCAUGAUAUUUACAUAUUAUACUGUCACUCUGAUAGGCUCAGCUACUUUUAAUUUACUGCCCCAGCGUCUGGUAAGUUGAGCAAAUUCACCGUGCUCAAAAGUCCCUGCAUGUGGCCGGUAGCAGGUGCUAAUUUCACUUGCACAAUAAAAAAACUGUUCUUGACACUUUUUCUGGUGCACAGUUAAAACAGGCAGCAACAACAGCUGCUCAGUGUGUUUUCACAAAAAAAUGAAAAGAUAAAUAUAUUUAAGGUUCUGAGUUUGAUUUUCACACUAAUUACAUACAUGUUCAUGCUGUAUCUCAUUUGUUUGUGCAGAUGAUGGUUUUAUGGCUGCAAUCAUCGCAGGGAAAAGCGUAACUUUACCAUCAUUUUCGCACUUUAUCAUAAAAUAUUAUACAUUUCUGUAAAAAGGCUACAAAAUAUGAACCGUUCUGUGUUCCUAUGCUCUAUAUCAAUGCUUGCAGUGCUCCACUCACCCGUCAGUCAUGUAUGAGAGCCGUGUAGCGUCACUUUAACUGUGAUGCAUGAUGGUAAAUAUUGUGGGGAUACCGACCAUCUCUACUUUUCACAAUGCAUUGUGGAAAGAAUGAAUAUGCUGUUUAGGGAAAUGGUGUUUUCACUUUAUUUGACCAGUCAGUUAAAAGCUUGUUUUGGUGCAGUGUUUUCCAAAGUGCUGCUGGAUAAAAUCAACUUCUGUUAAGUGCAGUUAAUCGACAAACAGUGAUGAAAAUGUCUGUAAAAUAUCUAAAAGCAUUGUGAUCUGGUGAAAACUAAAGCCUUCAUCGUAAAUCUAAACCAUUGUAUUUAAAACAGCUGACAUAAUGGUGAAAUCCUAAAUAACAUGAAGUAAUUUAAAGCUACGUCACUGUUAAACAGAUGAAACGAUCUGUGUCAUUAAAAAUGAAAGUCAUCGUACAUUUCUGAAGGAUGUUAGCUUCAGGGUAGAAUUCACUAAAGCUGCUAAAGGCUGCCAUCCUCCACGCUAACCCCACAUAAACAAUACACCAUGGUAACUGUAUUUACCAACGAUUGUAUGCCUACUUAGAGGAAGAUGUAAGAAUGAAGCCUAUUUUGACACUCAGCUGGUGCAACAACUGAAGUGUGGUUACCUUCAGACUAGGUUAUGUUUGAGUUUGAGCAUAGCUGGUGCAACCCACUGCAGAUUAAAUCAUAGAUCAGAGCAUAAAUAAUAUUUUCAUACCCUUUGGUUGUUGCUUUUGGAUACAACCUGUCAAAAGUUGAGUGAUAGAAGAACACUGAGCAUCAGAAUUUUAAAUAGAGAAAUUAAUCUGAACAGAUUAAACCUGACCCUCAGCUCUCCUUACACUUAAAUAUUCCUCACAUAACCUGCAUAUCCCAUCUGCACUGUUGAAGACUGCUGAAAGUAUGGACCAUAAUCCCUUGGUUUUGCCUCUGUUCAUGGCACAAUGAAUAAAAAAUGUGCAUAAAAUAAGUGCAGACAUUAUGAGGUAACUCCCUGGUUUAAUGCAUUUGAUCCUUUUAAUUUCAAACCCACAUGUUUAGUAGUUUUCACCAGUGCAUUUGGGACCAGUUUGGAUUUCUCAGUACCAACUCUAUGCAACUUUUGCACCUCAACAUGAACAGUAUAUAUCUGAUGUUAUUAAACUUCACUUCCCCUACAACAUCUUGACACUCAUGGUUGGAAUCAUCGAUUAAAUUUUCUAAUAGAUUUCUAAAAAAAGACUUUGCCUCUCUUAGAACAUCUUAAUAUAUUCCAAAUUAUUGGACAUUAUAAUAACUUGAACUACUAGGCACUACACCCAGCCUUGUUUCACAUCUUGGACCAACUUAUUUCCAUGUGUCAUGUGUGUUUAAAAUUAUAUUUACAUGUCAUGUUUGUGCCUGAAUUUUUCACUUCAUUUCCUUGUGUUUUUGUGUUGUUUCUUUAAUGUGUGUUAUUUAUGAUGUUUCAGGUUUUAUGCAGAAAAAUGUUUGUUUUCCAUUUCGUUCCAUAAGUUUUCCACUCACUAAAACACAUUAAUCUGUUUGAAGAUGAUCAGAGCAUCUAGACAAGGCUUCAACAUCACACUUUAACCUUUAUUUACUGAUGAUGUUACAUUUACUUAUGCUGUCAGAUUUAACUACAAGGUGUGAAUGCACUUUUCUGGCUGCUAGAAUUGAAGAAUAAACCCCCAAAAGACGUGUUUCUGUAUAUUUAACAUGUAAUCAAAAAAGUCACGUGUACAAACACUACUCAAUAAUUGCAACAGAAUGGUGUGAGAUUAACACACAGGUAAAGUGCCACAUCACUAAAAAGAGCAAACGUCUCUGUGGAUUUGACUGUAAAGGUGAGAUUGUCAGAAUACUGAGUAAGAAUAUUAAAAAUCUCCAAUCAUAAUCUCUCCAGCCAUCACAAACUAAUGCUCUGUCCUUACGCUGGAUUUAGGUUUCAUGUUGCUUUGCGUGUUGGUCCUCCCGUUGAAUUUUACCCCUCCCUCUCUUGGACUGUACCACCGGGUUGUUGAUGUUAUGUAUACGUGUACAAGUGCUGCACAGAGGUAAUCACAAGCAAAAUGGCAUAUUAUUUUGUGCAAUUGAUUUAUUUUUAUAGUAUUUAAACAGUUUUUGGUGAGAAAAUUGUACCAGAUGUUUUAUUUUGAGGUGGGGGACAGUUAGGGGGUCAUAUCCAAUCUGUGGACAGCUUGGUAGAAACAUAAACUGGGGAAAUGUCUACUAAUAAAAUCCUAA